AUCAACAGUGGGAGGGGGAGAAGUCAGUGUGGCUAGCAUAGCAGUCUGCGCAGCAGACCCAAACCAGGAAGUCUACAAAGUUGCUAAUUAACACUAGUUUCAAUUUGAUUUUCCUGCAUUAACGUUGAAACAUCGGCAUGAGUUCUGAUUCUCCUCCGACUAUUGGGGAGUUAUUCCUCAUCCUCAGUGAGAUGGGUUUCACAGAGGAUCAGAUCCAGGCAGCUGUACAGGCAGGCCAUUUUUCUGUGCCAGAUGCAGCCGAGUGGCUCUUACAAGGUCAGUAUCCACGGCACAGGUUGGUCAAGCAUUCAUCACAGCCAGCUGAGACAGCAUUUUCUGCUUUCAACCCACCCAAAGUGACAGCGAGCACCUCAGAGACACAUACAUCUCCUUCUGACAGCAGAGUGUCCCCUUCGUUGGUGCUGAGACCAUCACAGUCAUCAGCCCAGUCCCCAGAACCACUACCAGUCGAGUCCCGCAUCAAACAGGACAAGAGUGACUUUGAAGAACAGCAGAGACAGCGUUGUGCUCAGGAGGUCCGAGCAGAGAGAAGACAAAAGAAACAGGAGCGCGAGUUGGUGUUAAAGCGGAUAGCUGAGGAUCGGAGGAGCCUGCAGGAGAAGAUCCAGACCAGUGCCGCCGCAGAGACGUCUCCACCCAGUGUUCAAGAGCAGAAGCUUGGAGGAAACAUUAAGACUAAUCUGGAUAACAACUGCACCCUCAUGAUUCGGCUGCCAUCCGGUGAGUCCAUGCGUGAGCGCUUCCCAGCUGAUGCUCCUCUGCGCAGCGUCGUGGAGCACAUCACGGGACGUCACCCCUCCCUACCUUCCUUUUCCCUCCUCCAGGGUUUUCCACGGAAACGCUUUGGGGAGGCAGAGCUUGCUUGUUCACUGCGCUCACUUGGCCUCACGCCCAACGCUUCACUGUGUAUUCAGACCACUCCUCCAGAGACACCUCAGGAUCCACCGAGUCCCGCAGAUCCACCAACAGUGGGACAGAAUGAGCCACCUCCAAGUGCUGGGACUCCUCCUGUGCCACAUAUCCCUGUCCUUGAGCGGGCGGGAGGGCAGGAGCUUGUUCUACCCCCUCCCCUACCCAACCAGCUGUGGGAAGAGGCAGUGAAUUAUGCAGGGAUACCUGGAGGUCCUUCACCGUCUUGGCCAUCUCACUUCUGGGGGCGGGGAAAUAGGUUGGUACCUGGCGAUGCCGAGGGAGCUGCUGACAUAGAGGUUGAUGAGGAACAAGAAGGAGAGGAAGAACCACCUCAUAUGCUUAACGGAAUGCCAAGGCUGCCUUUCUUUCCGGAGAAUAGGUUCCGUGGAGAAUGUGAGCCCAGGCACCAUUGGCCAGAGCAAGGCAACCGACUCAGGGAGGCUCCAGAAGAGCACCUAGCAGAGCCUGAGGAUGCGGGAGGCCGGGUGGCGCCUGGUGCUGCAGGACUGGCAGCAGUGGAGCGUCUUCAAAGAGCUGCACAGCAAGAAGACCCCCGUGCCUCCCAGGGACAACCAUCACCCCCUAAAAGACCCUUCAGGGCACCCAGCGUGCCGUCCCUAUGUGCCUUGGCCACCCGCGCAACUGUCCACCUUAUGACUGCUCCCAGCAUGCAGUACAGCAGCAGUCUGGCGUGCCUCACCCCGGAGCUUGCAGAGCUUCUGCUCAACCACAUGUCCCGUGAGAGGCUCCUACGUCCACGCACGCUGGAGCUCUUCUUCGGCUGUCCAUUGCAAAAGUUUGUCCUAAACUGCUACCCUUACUCCACCAAUGAGCUCCUGCGGCAGUUACGGGCCUUCACAGCGCUGAAGCAUCUGAGUCUGGUCAACUCACCGCUCAUCACUGACUCUGGGCUGUCAAUCCUUUCCAGCCUGGUCAAACUCCAGUACCUCAACCUGGCCUCCUGUAGCAAACUGACCGACUCCUGUCUGCAGCAUAUCACAGGUUUAAAGAGCCUAUGUUUCCUGUCUCUGGACCACACCAAAGUAACCGAUGCUGGGAUGGUGCUGUAUCUCAAUUCAGCUCCAUCAUGCCUCUCUCAGCUCAGCCUGAACCAGACGGCGGUGACUGAAGCCACACUGGUAGUCUUGCCCACCUGUGUGCCACAAUUGCGGCUCCUCAGCAUCAAGCAGACUAAGGUCAGAGAUGUGUCAGCUUUGGCAGAGCUGUCCAACCUGCAGACUCUAAACCUGGAUGGCACAGGUGUGACAGAAAACUCUCUUGAGCACCUCGCCACCCACCCUGCCCUGUCUUCCCUCAGUUUGGCGGGAAUCCCUGUAGCGGAUGGCAAUCAAGCCCUGCAGAUCAUCUCAGGUCUGAAGUUGACUCAGCUGACCCUCCCUGGACGCCACUGUGUGACAGACAGUGGGUUGACAUUUCUCUCCAGACUGUCUCUGCUCUUUGAGCUGGACCUGACCGACUACACACAAGUCACAGAUGAGGGAGUCAGCCAGCUCUCCACCAUGGCCAGGUUGAAGAAGCUGUCACUUAGCAACACUCAGGUGACAGAUGCUGGGCUUCCCUCUCUGCGCAGCCUGCAGGAGCUGCAGGAGCUCUGUUUGGACCGAACAGCUGUCACCAGCGGAGGAGUGGCCGAACUCAUCACCUGUUUGCCGCACCUGCAGGUGUUGGGGUUAGCCAGCACUCAGGUGGGAGACACAGUAGUGAGGAGAGGUCUGAUCCGCUGCAAUCAGCUCAUUAAGCUUAAUCUCAGCCGCACACGGAUCACAGACCAUGGUCUAAAGUUCAUGAAAAACAUGCAUCUGGCUCAGGUGAAUAUGGAUGGCACCGGCGUGACUCUGAUGGGUAUUGCGAGCCUCCUGUCUUUCACCAACAUCAGCAGCAUUCGCGCCAGUAACACUCGCACCAUUCCCCCCGAUGAAGUCUCAGAUGAGGAGUGGGAAGCCCAGUGAGCCUUCAUACCUUCGGUUGGUCCACACAUACUGUACCUGAGUGCGACUCUGACUGCCGUGGCACCCUUUUAACCCCUGAAACAUGCUGUCGUCAGGAUACUCCAAAAAACGGCAUAACUGAAACACUUCUCCUAUUUGCACAGUUUCAACUGCAGCUAGUGCAGCCACUAAUCUGUCAAUCAUGCACGCUACUAAGUUGAAACCUUAAACGGGAGCCUUGUGUUUAAAAACUUGGCCAUUGAUAACGUUUACGUAUAUGUAAUCAAUCUAUAUUUACUUGCAUACACUGCAGCCCUUUUGUCUCCAACAGACAAACGCUACAGAUUUAAAGCUUUAUGUGCAGCCUUAUAGGUUGAAGAUAUCGGUGUUUCUCCUGGUUGGCACUUUUUGAGCCGACUGGCAGGAGCAUGUUAAAUGUUGGAAAUGUAACAUGACACAGCGUGUAUUUACAGACUGUAAUGACUAACAGACGGAUAUAUGUAGAAAUUAAAUGAAAACCUGAGAAGUGUCAUUUCAAGGAAAUCUGGUUGACAUUUUAUUGGAGGAUAUGAAAGCAGAUGGUUUAAAACGGACAUUGAAUCUUGAGCUGUAUUCAUGUCAUGUUGGACUUAUUAGCAGAAUUAAUUGAGUUCACGUCAACCUCCUGAUGGUUAUUAGAAUUAUGUUUUUCUUUCUUAGGCUGAAUAUUUGGCACUGUUGAUGGUAGCAUUUAUACAUGCAGCAAACACUACUGUAGAUAUCAGCUGUUCCAACAUGAUAAAAAUAGUCAUUUCUGCUAAGGACACAAUGUCAGCUCCUGUUAGUUUAUGAUUGGCUUUAAACCCAUAAAAAUUAAACGAAUGCACUUGUUGCUUCUGUAUGGCAGGGUAUUGUUGCCACCCUGACAAAAUUGUCAUAACAUUUAAUUGAGCAAUUUCUCAGUUAUUACUACAGUGUGUUUAGAUCCAUUGAUGAUGAGGACCUGGGUAUGCAUGGAGAUAUAUAAAUAUUUCUUGUUUUGUUAUAAACACACCAGUUUGUCAAAACAAGAAGUGUUUGCUAAUCAGACAAGUCAGUACAUGACAUGAAACGUUUAAUGAGAAGUUAUCAUAAUGGGGGGGGAAAAAAAUUGAGCUAACAUUGAAAAUGUGGUAUGUUUGUUGCAUACUGCUGCAUUAUCAGUAUUCCGGUUUGACAUGAACACUUUACUGUUGAGCUGAGAGCUCAUAAUGAAGGUUUUCUAACUUGUGAUGUCACCUGUAUACUAAUUUACAGCAAACCACAAGUCACCAAAAAAAGAAGCUUUUUAAAUGCAUCUUAGAGAUGCACUGGAUUCAGUUUUUUUUUUUGGUCACUAGUUAUGCCAAGAAAUGCCAAUAUAAUAUCUUUUGGACAGCCCAGUUUCUUCGUUACAUGGAGGAGAGGGUGAGCAGGAUACAUACAGUGUAGUGGCUGUAAUAAGAGGUAGGAUCUAUGCAGCCAUGGGGCACAGAACCCAGAAUCCAAAGCGAGUUCAUUAAUCACUUCAAGUUUUGUCCUCUUGUUUACAGAGAUGUAAAAUAGUUUAUUUUCCCUAACAGCUUUUGAUUUUUGGAUAUGAGCGUUGUAUUCAUCAAAUUUAACAUGAAUAAAAGUCUUCUCAAUCUAAA